AUGUAUCCUUACAGGCAAUUCCGAUACUCCUAUGGUCCCUAUAGAAGUCCUACGCUGGCACCAGAACCAGAUGUGGACCUCCUCGCCAGACAGCUGGAUGAAGACAUGAUGAAUAUGAGGACUGAAUUAGAGAGGAGGAUGCAGCAGCAGCUCCACCAGGUCCCUCACGCAUUGCCUCCUCUAGACAUGGGCAUACGGAGGAGUCCGUCCUUCAACAGGUAUUCAUUGUCCACGGUCAACCACUCUCCGCCGUUGGCCAAACCGAGUGUGGAGAAGUACGAGCUGACCAUGGAUGUGAGCCCUUUUACUCCUGAAGAGCUGACAGUGAAGACGGAAGGCAGGCAAUUGAUUGUCACCGGAAAACGUGACAAGAAGACGGAGACUGAGAAUGGCGGCUGCCACCACGAAUUCCGGGAUUUCAGGAGAGAAUUCGAGCUCCCGGAGGGUGUGAAUCCUGAAGACGUCCAAUGCUCCUUGUCUGACGAUGGGCAACUCUUCAUUCAGAACCAAAGCCCGGAGCUGCCACCUGCACAGGAGAGACUGGUUCCUAUCAAUGUGGGCCAAGUGUCGGGUGGUAGACUCUGA